AUGUCUUACUCUCUCAAGCAUACAACGCCUCUUCCGAGGGACGUCAGUGCAGCCAAAGGCGUAGAAAUGCUCCAGGGCCACGUGUUCUUCAUUCAGUUUAACCCGCAUAUGAUCAAGUAUGAAGCAAUCGACAAGCCAACGGACCCGGAGCCACAGCUUCCAACGGAUCGUGGCCUCCAUGGCGUCGCGGCGCCCAAGUGCUAUCAAGUCACAGACAAGGUCCAUGCUCUUCCAGCAGGACUAUGGGACUCUGAUGUGGUAAGCACGUAUGAGUUUAUCAACCUUGAGAAGGGUGUAUUUAUAAGAAUACGAAGCCCACUGAAUACCAUUCUGGAGACAGUCUGGACUGUUCAAGAAAAAGAGGGUGGCGGCGGCUACGAGUUGAUUGAGGACGUGGUGAUAAAAUGCUCCAGGCUCCUGGUCAGCGUCAUCAGGAACACAUGCGAGGGUACUUGGCGGAGCAUUCACGAGAAGAUGGUGGCAGAAAUGCGAAAAGAAUCAUGA